UAACACAUGAUAUGGAGUCUUUCACGUUUCAAGAGUUUUCUCAGUUGCAAAAAGAAUGGAAAGAGUUGCAGUUAAGUUUGGAAGAACAAGAAGCUUUGGUUAGAAUCCAGAAGAAACUACAAAGUGACACGCAAGACUCCUUCAGUUCCAGUCAUGAAGACCAAACGAACGACUCGGUCUUAGUAGAGACUAGCACAGCGGGGGACAAACCUUUUACAGUGGAAGCUUUGAACGAUCAACUGCUGCAGAUAAAGAACUUGGAAGACUUUCACUGUUGGUCAAAGAACGCUGAUAAUUUUCUUACUUUUAGAGGAAACAAACCGUUAGCUAUGAAGAGAGAGGAGCUCGAACAGAAAAUGAAUAGAUGCCACGAAAUGAGGGAGAUUCUUGAAAACUUGAAGAAACAGUUGCAAGUAUUGGGAAAUGAAACAAGUUUUGUGACGACUUGCUUAGAAAGUUUUUUAAAUGAUAUGGGUGCUACCACUGAACAGUAUGGCUAUUCCACCGAGUUGCUUCAUGUUCUAUCCGAGCGUUUGUCCUCAUUGGACCUUUUAGAGUCAACCACGCAGCUUUUGAGCCAAAAGCAGCUGAGUCCCACCGAGUCUGAGUUUUGGAAAAGGUUGAAACAAGUUGAAAAUAUUUUGAAGAACAUUAUAUCGUCUCAUGCGCAAGUCUCAGAGGCAGAUGAGUUUCUUGUCAACUUGAUGGACUUAGAGUUGGAGUUGUUUGAUCAGAUACGAUAUCAUUUUCAGUCCUUUAUGAGUCAGACUUGUGUAGACACCUUUCAGGUAGGUUAUUGCUAUUCCGUUUUUAUUUAUGCAUUAAUGAAUCGAAUAUCCCAAAAGGCUUACAGAAACUGGACCUCAGAUAUACGUAAUUCAUUUAGGUCCUUAAACUCUGAGUUACAUCAUAAUUCUUCCUUAUACAGUUAUUUUCGGUCAACUUGUUCUAAAACAAAAAGUUGGAUGGUGGCUUUAGAGUCACGAGUCAAUCAUGGCAUCAUAGUUGUUGACACCAUAUCGAAUCGCAACUCAUUGGGUGUUAUUAUUCAAAGUCGUUUACAAAAGGGAGCAGAGAAAGUCUUGAUGGAAUGUCAGGAUGUCUAUUUGAAGGAAAGGCAAAAGGUUGUAGAACAGAUAUUUUUCCAAUCAUUUUAUGAAUUUCGUACAGUUCAGGAUAUAUCACAAAUGGCAAGAAAUAGUGGUAGUAUGCUGAUAAAGUUGUUGCAAAUGGAACAAGACCUCUUUGAGUCAUAUUUUGAUUUCAAUGAAACUUGCGGAAAGUAUCUAGCCACCAUGUUGGAUGCUUUUGGAUCUCAUUUUUAUUAUACAUGGAGACCUCGAAUAAUUGAAGAACAACAUUUAUCUCGAUUGGUGGAUAUAGUUGAAAUAUUUAGGUCGGAAAUUUUACCUGAAGACAAGGCAUCGGAUAAUAUGAAUAUAGCAAAGAGUUGUUCCAAGAGAAUACUUCAGCGUACUAUUGCCGAUGCUCAGGAGAGAAUUACCUAUCUUACUCAAAUCUAUAUAAGAAACGAAAUUCAAUCCUACAGUUUUACCCGAGAAGAUAUGAACCGAUGCUGUUUCUUUAGUUCUUCAGAGUCUCGAGAAGUUGAACCUUCAAGAGAAGAAACAAUGGCGAUAAAGAGAGGCACUAAUUAUAAAGAGGCCGUUCUACCUUUUUCUUGUUGGUAUCCUCCAGUCGAUCGUACUUUGAAAUUAUUAGCCAUGCUAUAUCGACGUAUGACCUCUGAAGUUUUUUCUGGUUUAGCUGAGGAGAUUGUAUCUUCAUGUGUUAGUAUUUUAAUACUUUCUUCUCAACAAGUAAGACAGUCAUUAUCUAUGGAGAAUUCGGAAGAACAUUCCAUGUUAUUUCUUAUGAGUCAAUUGUGGGUUUUAAGAGAACAAAUUCAACCAUUUGAUGCAGAUUUCUCCUAUCAGGAAAAAUUUCUAAACCUUUCGGAGUUGAGAAACUCGAUGAUGCGAAUGAUUUGGAGAACCAAGUCCCAUAAUGAAGUUUUCUCUCAAGAGCCUCAUCGACAAAUUAUUCAUGAUUCCAAACGCAGUUUAGAAGAAGAAUUGAAGAAAGCUUGUUCUAAUUAUAUUAUGUUUCUUUGUAAUACUUUUCUAGAGCCUCUUUUAUCCCUUUUAUCUGAAAUGAAUACAUUAUCUUCCAGACAGGGCACCAGUCUCUCGACUAGUAUAGAAAAGACAUCUCCUUUGAGACAAAAUAGUAUACGAGAACCAACCGAUGCGGAAGAGAAAAUAUCUUUUGAUUUCAAUUUAUCAUCUCCAGAAACUGUUCUUGUAGAUCCUGAGUCGAUUAAACAUGCCUGGUCGCAUGUUUGGAGGUUGUUGGAACAGAAAUUUCCUCUUCAUAUUCAACUAUUCAAACGCUAUAUAAGGAGUCCCAACUGUCAGGAACAGAUCUUAUUUUCUGUAUGUUCGAAUACAUCGACCAGUUGCAUGGAACUGAUGACUAUUUUACAAACUAAAUACACUUUGGAACAACGGGAACAAAUUGCUAUUGAUGGCAUAUGUAUUCAACAACUUGUGUCACGCGUUAAAGAAAUUUGUGGAUUUGCAGAGUAAAAAGCUUAGCCAUGCGGAUACAGGUUUUCUACUGCAAAAGACUUAGAUAGCUUGAACCUCUAGUUUCUUCUUGGAGGAGGUGGAGGAGGCGGUGUCAUGGGGGCAGAACUCGCUGCUUUU